CGUCGGAUGUCCAGUGGUUAACAGCCGCGUUUCGAUGAAAUUAGUUUAUUUCAAUUGAAAAAUAUCAAAUAUAUACACGUAUCUUUUCUGAGAAAGAGGAAAUAAGAGAUGUCUAAAACAGAAAAUUCAGAUCUUACAACCGAAAAAGAUGCACCUCCUGUGGAAGUGAUAAGGACCGAUUGUGCUGACAAUACAGUUACAAUUAUCGCAGUGAAAAAUACCAAUGUAAUGCGGGAAGAUUCUCUUGCACCUGCGGAAGUUGCAAAAGAAGUAUUAAAUACGCAGUUUGAAAACAAGUGUUUAAUGGAAGCGAAAAUUGACACAAAUGUACUUGGAGAAAAAGAAGUCGACAAUCCAGAUAUAUAUAUUAAAGAGACUACUAAUAUAAUUACUCAUGUACCUACUCAUGUACCUGUGAAGGAUGUGAAUGUAACACAAGUCAAAGCGCAAAGCUAUGCUGAAAGUAAAGAAGCGUUACAGUCGAAAUUUAUCAACGAAGAAAAGGCCGAUACAUCAAAGCAGAAUGCAAGAGAUAACAUUGCGGCAUACAUAUCCAGAUUGGAGGCAGAAGUGUUGAAAAGAACAAAAGAGCGCGACAGUUACCAGAAGAAGUUCGAAGAUGCGAAAACAAAGUUGGCCGCUUUGCAAGCGUAUUACAGUGCGAUAAUGAAUCGUGGCAAUGACGAUACCUUACAACAAUCGGAAGAGCAGUUGCGUGAACAAAUGAUACAGCCGGCAUUAAUGUACGAGGAACGUAAUCGCGUAAUAGCGAAUCAGGAGAACCAAAUCAAUGCGCUGAACAAUCAAGUGGCCUCAUUAAAGGAGGUGAUAUCGAUCACGCGGGAUCUAUUGGAAAUCCGCAAUAUAGAGGUGAAACAAUUGCAAGCUGAAGUCGACAACAUGGAGAAGAAAAUCUCUGAAGAACGCGAUUGGCAUAGCACAAUGAUUAGUAAAAUGGACGCAGCAAUGCGACUCAACGCCGAUCUCAAGAAAGAAUAUGAAACUCAAUUAUUUUUGUUUCAAAAUCUUCGUGAAAAAUACAACAAGAAAAUUUCUCUUUUGUCCAGAGAGAAACAAAUCCUCGAAACAGUCGCGUCUGUAUCUAAAUAAAGAUAAUUUUCAUGUACUCAACAUUACUCAUACAGCACAAUGUUGCUGCAAUUUUUGUACUGUAGGGGCAUUGACAGACAUAUUUGGCAUAUAAAUUCUUUCUUGUUAUGUAAUUCUUAUGUAUUUUUA